AUGUCUAACAGUCUGGAUAAGUAUUGCGGUUCUGUCUUCUGGGUAAGUCUAUUCUUAUAUAUUAAAUACUUUGUUCAUUACAGAUGUAGUUUAUAACUUGGCUGAACAUGCUAGGGGUUUUCUGAUUAUCCUUAAGAGAAUAUCUGUUGAAUAUACUAGUUUAAAAAACUAUUGAAGUCUCUGGUCGUCUUAAGUUGCUUUUAUUCCGUAUUUUAGAGCAUUAAGUUAGGUUUUAAAGGGAUAGUAAAGCUUUAUUUAUUUAACUUUCGUGGUGUUAUUUUAAAGGCUGUGUUAACAAUGAUAUGCGUGUUUCCUCUAUUUAAACAUUGUCAGACCUUGAAUAGUGUGGUAUAAUUUACCUCUCCAAUAGCGCAUGGAAAAAGUUCCAAUACAGUGCUGUCACAAAAGAACAAAGUAUCUUUAGUAUAAACAUUUCAUACACAAUCUGUCAUCUUGCUUUAGUUAUAUUAUAUUGAAGACGGCAUUUGUCUUAUUUAAUUGAUUGUGACAAUGGUCUGCAAAUUGAGUUCCCAGGAAGUAAACAUACGCUUUAUUGUUUCUUUAAAUUAAAUAUAUUUAUCUACUGCCGUUGCAUUCUAAGUCCUAGUUCUAUUUUGUGACAGAACUGAAUGCGAACAUAAUGGUCAGUAAAUUAUUGUGUUAUACAUUAUGUAGUUUACAAAAAAUGUAUUAUAAGCAUUCUCGGAUUGCUGACAAUGCUUUACAUGUAUUGAUUUUUUUUAAAUAGUGGUGUCCAAAAGGUAGAUCCCCAGAUGUUGGAGAACUAUAAUUCCCAUGAUGCUUUGCAUGCCUUUAGUAUGACAAAGCAUCAUGGGAGUUGUCAUUUUAAAACACAUGGGGAUCAACCAAUUUUUUUUUUUUUUUUUUUUCUUAAAGUGUGUUAGUUUUCACUUUUGUAAGUGUGUAUUUUUCGUUUUCAACAAAACAAUUAAAAAUAUAUUGUAGUAUAGGCAAAAUACUGAAAAAUAACAAGAAUAUGACAAAUUUAAAAAAAACAAAAAAAACCUGAGCAGCAGUUGACACUCUUUUUCUUACUUAAAAAAAUUACACUUUACCAAAAUCAAUUAAACCAAAAUUGUUAUCCAAGACUAUUCAACAAUCCAAAAAUGCCAAGACAUUAAUAGCUGACAAACAAGCACAUUAAACUAAAUACAGAUAACUAGGGUUAUUAAGUCUCAUAAAUUACAAACUCGAGACUAACAAUGACAAAAGCCGAUGACCGAUAGACCGGAUGAAUAAGGCAGAAACAACAAUAUAGAUACUUAAAUUCCCAAAUGAUUUAGGCCACUUUGUCUCCUAGCAGUACUGAGAUUCCUCUAUGCCUUAAAAGUGGGGCUUGGGGACAAUUGGCUACUAUCUAUUUGAAGGUUAAGGUUGUCAUCAGCAGCUGAUUAGAUGCAGCAGUAGUGUUUUGAAACGUCUUUUUGCAUAGUAGGAGUGAGACAGUAGGUAGGGAACAUGUACAACUUGUCUUAGCUUAGCACUUUAUGAUUUUAUGUCUGGCCUGGUGGAUUGAAAUCAUGGUAUUCUCAAGGCCUGGACUGGCUGAAUUAUAUUUUUGGUGUACAGCAGUAUCUGUGGUUGACCAGGCUGCCAGACCAUGAUGGGCAUCUUUGAUGUCCCUGGAUGUGUUCACAAGUGACUGCAAGCUGAAAUGAGAAAGUUCUAAUGAAAUUCAUAAAUCAAUACAGUUGUUAUUGCUACCAAUAGUGUCCUGGGGAAGAGUCUGAAUUUCUUAGGCAUGCACAGAUCUCUGUAAAUAAUACAUCAUCCUAAGCAGGUCGUAGAUACGAACGUUGUACGGAUGAUGUCAUACCUCGCAACUCAAGCUACCUCUAUUUGUAAAAUCAAUAUAUUUUCUCAGUGUGAGUAGGACCAUCCACACAGAUAUCUGUGAGUUGUGUGUGUGCAAAAUAAGACAUUCAUUUGUACUUGAUACAACAAAUACAGGGUGCGCUAAGUUGGACAAUGAGAGGUAAUAAACAAAAAUCAGCAAUAAUAUAAGGAGUCUCUUAAAGUACAGCAAAGACCUGGAGUGUAUAUUCUUCAGUCCUUGCUUUGAAUCCUCAGUGGCAAAUAUGAAAUACAAAAGCAGAAACAGAGACCAAUAGUGCAAAACCCUUUUAGGAAAGCUGGAUCACGAACAACAUAGAAGUAGAGAAGUGCCAACUCACAAUAUAAAGAGCUAUGCCCAGCUCUAGGUAAAACAGCAUACAGUGGUAUUUAAUACUCCCCACAUGUAGGAUAUAACUGGACACUUGGAGGUGUAUCCUCAAGACUUCUUACAGCAUUCCAGAUAAGAUUCAGCAUAUAAAAUACAUAAAAGGGGGAAAAACCCAAUGGUGCAAUAACGUAGGUUAACUGCAACAACAAACAACACUGAGGUCCUUAGAGUGCCAACUUACAAUUGGGAGAGCUAUAACCAGCUCUGAGUAAAACAGCAUACAGUGGUAUUUAAACUCCCCACAUGGAGGAUAUCCUUCUAGCGAUGCUUGCAGUGCCGGAAAUAAGAAUCACAAGAGAGGGCCCAUAGUGUUUACCGUAUAAAAAAUAGCAGUGAAAGGUAAAAUGAAACGUACUUACAGUGUUCAGAGCAGCCACACUGCUCUAUGAACCAGUACUUUCACUGUACUUUAAGAGACUUUUUAUAUUAUUGCAAAUUUUUGUUUAUUAUCUCUCACUGUCCAACUUAGCGCACCCUGUAUUUGUUGUAUCUUGUUCUCUCCAUUGUUUGAAGGGUUUGAGGGUUACCCUUCCCCUCAGGUGUGCAGCUCUAUUCUCCCCUGUGAUCAGUACUGGAGCGCUGUUCCUCUCCUCUCCUAUUUUUUUUUUUUUCUUUUCUAUUCAUUUGUACUUGUCCUCCGGGAUAACAUUUCCAAGCCCACCACUGAUGUAUGUGGAAGUACAAAUCGAUGACAGUUGGAUCAAGGAAAAGAGAAACACAAAAAGAGUGCAAUUGGGAAAAGUCACAGUGAAACAUCACAUCUAAAAUUCCAUAAUCCCUUGAUGGAGAGUUCAGGCUACCAAUACAAUAAUAAUAAAUUAUGUCACUAUUUGUGUGUAUAUGUGUGUGUAUUAUUUGUAUCGUCAUGUUAGCAUUUAACCAAGAACAGUUUAGCUUGUCAUAAGUUUACAAGUGUGUGCUAGAUAAGAUUUUCCCAUCUUCAACUUGGAAGCAGUUUAUUUACCCUUUAUUCUCUCAUCCCGAUAUUCUCCCUCUGCAAAUCUCUAUUCCUUCUUCCCACCAUUCUUUUUUUGUUUUUCUAUUUCCCUGUAUUACUUUGGCAGGCUCUUUCGUAUGGGACAGUAAUGGAGUGAUGAAUGUUGUGUGAGGGGACUCUUCUUGUAUCGUUGUCUGUGAGGCUGCAAAGCUUCUUUUGUUGUUUUUCACUUGUAGACUGCUUGUAGUGUUAUGCUUGUAGUGUUGUAUGUGUGUGUUAGGAUGAUUAUGUGUGUUGAGGACCGUGUGUGUGUAAGCUACCACCUGCUUGAUGGUUUUUAUUCCUUGUGGUCUAGUAGGUUGAGCUGGACCUCCAUCAGGUGCUGAUCACUUCAAACACUACUUCUGGCUCCGUGUUCAUUAAGAAAGCACAGUGCUGGUUCUAGUGACAGUGCUCUAAUUCACACAGUGCUGGAUAGUGAGAUAGCACACACAGUAAAAAUGCACUUAAACUGAUGAAUGGGGCAUACAAUAGACCAGGGGUAGGCAACCUUUUAGCAGCACUGUGCCGAUAUAGGAUUGAGAUGGUCCUAUUUUUUUUAAAUUGAGGUGUGUAUGCUGCUUGUGUUAUUUUUACUGUAAUUGCUUUGUAUCGUUGUAUUUGUGCGUAUAUGAGCUAUUAUAUUGUAUAUUUUCAUUAGUAGUUUGUGGUAUAGUAUAUGAUACCUAUGAAUGUGGGCUGUGUAUGAGGGCUGCUUGUGGAAUUGUGAGUGGAUGGAUAUGUCACAUUGUGUGUUUGGUAGUGUGUGUGUGUAUGUGGGGCUGUUUGCGGUAUUACAUGUGACAGGCUGCAUGUUGGGUUGUGUGCAUGUAUGUGGAUUGUUAGCUGGUUACGAUUGUGCGGAUUGUGUGUAUGUUUGUUGGCUGUUUGUAUUGUUUGUGUGAGGGGAGGGUUAUUCUGCAUUUCUGUGUAUAUCUAGCAGUGCUGGUGGCUUCCCUGGGUUCCAGUGGGGACCAGCCUGGCCAGGUACAGGUCAAGGACAGGAUCUGCAAUAGCAGCUGUGGGCUGCUCUACUACAGUGGAUUCCCAUUCAUAAGUGCUGGGAGGAACUGAUCUGAGAUCACUUCUUCUAUGUGCUGCAAUGCAUAAAUUGAGGAUUGUCCUUCACCACCUUUUCGUAUUCGCAGAUAUCUGAAGUUUUACUGGGACUCCUGAUAGGCCAGAGCCUGUUUGGCUCUAGCAGCCUUAAGUGCCGUGCAAAGACACCUUGAGUGCCGUGCAUGGCACUAGUGCCGUAGGUUGCCUACCCCUGCAAUAGACCAUAAAUUACCAUAUUAUAUGUAUGGUAUGGAAUCCAUUACAUGUAUUUGGUAGGUGAGCAGUGAUACCUAAAAAAAUAUAACUUUUACUUACCCUUUUCCAGCACCAACGCGCUCUCAGCAUUGUUUACUUCUUCACCUUCCAAUAUGUCUCAAUGCUCUAAAAAACUGCAAUGUUUUAUAUUGCAGGGUUAAAAGUACACUGCACCCAGGCCACUUCACUAAGAUAGUAUCCCUUUAUUUGAUGGAUGUUGGAGCACGUAAAUCAUAAACCAAGAGUUGUAUUCAAAAGCCAGUUUAAUUUUAUGUUGGAUAUUAUGAUCCAGUUUAACAAUAGAAGGAAUGCUAACAAUCAAGGGCAGGGUGCCCAAAGGGUAGAUUCCCAGAUGUUUUACAGCUACCACGAUGCUUUGUUAUUCAAAGCAUCAUGGGAGUUGUAGUUUUACAACAUCUUGGGAUAUACCUUUUGGGCAGCCAUGAUCAAGGGAAUGGUCUAGCAGAAUGUUUGCACCACAUGCUCGAUGGCAAACUACCCAUGUGCAUUUGACGGGGGUGGGGGAAGGGAAGGCAAGCAUAAUGAAGGAUCUUAUAGUACAUUUCUCUGUAUGUAAUGGCAGAAGUUUGUGUUUCUAAAUAUGGAGUAAUAAAAGUGGAUAAAGAAAACAAAAUUGAUGAUUCCCGGUAUGGAGACCACAUGAUAUCUAGCUCGUAAAUAGGAAACAAGGAGGAUGGUUAAAAUAUUUUUUAGUGUCUGAGUUAGGAAAACAAUUUGUGAAUGGGCCAAAUGGUGAACUAUACAUUGUUGGGGAGAAAAAGUGUUUGUUGACUGGGGCAUCAGAAAUAGUAAAUCUAGGUAGGCAGCCAUUAACAUGUAAAUGUAUAUCAGGUAUGAGAUAGUUCAAUUACUAUUUGUUUUAUAUGGGGGGGGGUCAAAGGUUAUAUUAAACAAUAAGUGGGAUAAGGGCCAGCCCUGUCAAACUCCCCUGCCUAGAGUAAUUGGCAAAUCAUAGCCAUUAGUUGUGAUACAAGUAGUGGAGAUGGUCUAUAAUUUAGAGGUAGGAUAUAGAAAUCUGUCCCGAAAGUUUUGUCAAAUCUUUUUUGGUGUUAAAACACUAUGUUUCAUAAACUUUGUGCUCUAUAUCUUUCAAAUGUAGUGUAAAAAGAAGAAUGCCGCCUUAUUUUAGUGUUGUAAUUACAGAUACAUGUUUGGAUAUGUGAAUUCACUCCUACCUAUUUUUGUUACAUAUUUCUGUCUUCUCACUAUGUCUGCCAUUAUCUUUUUUUUUUUUUCCCCAUCUCACUCUUCUAAUCUUAAUCAGAAUAUUUACAGCUUUGCUGUUCAUCAGUCCACGGUAAGACAAAUUGUCUAUAAAUGGAGAAAGUUCAGCACUGCUGCUACUCUCCCUAGGAGUGGCCAUCCUGUAAAGAUGACUGCAAGAGCACAGCGCAGACUGCUCAAUGAGGUGAAGAAGAAUCCUAGAGUGUCAGCUAAAGACUUACAAAAGUCACUGGCAAAUGCUAACAUCCCUGUUAGCGAAUCUACAAUACGUAAAACACUAAACAAGAAUGGAUUUCAUGGGAGGAUACCACAGAGGAAGCCACUGCUGUCCAAACAAAACAUUGCUGCACGUUUACAGUUUGUCCCUACACCAAGUCAACCAAUAGAGGAAACCCCAUCCUUGAUGUAAUGCUAAAAAUAAAUAAAUAAAACUUAACCUUUAUUAAUAAUAGGUAAAAUAAUAUAAUGCAAACACAAAAAUUAAAAAAAAAAGUAUAAUGAAAAUGAGGAGUGCCACCACAAUCACUGUGGAUGUGGACAAUGAAAGUCAAUAAUAUGUUGUCCUCCCUGAGGGCUUUAUUGAGUGAUAGAGGAGACCUUCUAAAAGACAAAGUGGCAUCAACAAAACAAGAACAUAUUCGCUGUGUAGCCACGUUUGAUUCUGGAUGGGACCAGACCAAACGGAUACUAGGCAGGUUCUGGCCUCUGAUCUCACAAGAUCCCCAACUCAAGGGCGUUGUGACUCCAUUCGUUUCCCUCACUGCACGAAGAGGUAGAAAUCUAAAAGAAGUUUUGGUUCCCAGCCAUUUGUCCACCAAAAGUGCCAGUACAAAUUGGCUUUCCGUGCAGGGCACCUACCAAUGCGGCAGGUGUGUGGCCUGUCAGUACAUGAUGAAAGAUUCAAAAAUCCUUUUAGACUCGACUGAUAAAUCAGUGUGUCAGGUUAAACAAUUUUUUAAUUGCAAUACGAAGGGGAUUAUAUAUUUGCUGACAUGUGUAUGUGGCCUUAGAUAUGUGGGGAAAACCAUCCGCCCCUUUAAGAGGCGUGUUAUGGAACACAUACAUUCAGUCAGAAAUUUCAGAGAUACCCCGGUUUCUAGACACAUUAGAAAUUAUCAUCAUGGUGACACGCGAGGGAUCAAAUUUGCAGGUGUUGAAAAGGUGCAAUUGGGUCGUAGAGGAUGUGACCUGGACCGUACCCUCCUCAAAAGAGAAUGCUUUUGGAUCUAUAAAUUCAAUACAUUUGCCCCCAAUGGAUUAAAUGAAGGGUUUACGUUCACUCCCUUCAUUGAAUAAUGAGUUACACAGUGAAUAAUAUUUAACAUCAUGAGUAAUGCAAUAUUACUUGAUUUAUAUAUACUCUAAUUUUUGUAAAUACUUUCGUUAUUUGUUGAUUAAAUAUGGAUUGUAAUGUCUCUUUUCCCCCCAGUUAUAUGUGGAACUCAAGCGUUGUCACCUGAUCAAAACAUUAGUGUUUAAUAAUAUCUAUAUACUAUCCCAACUAUGAGUGAUCAGGACCAAAGAUUUCUAACAGAUAGUCACAUUUCCCCUUCUGUGUUAGUAAAAACAUGUUUUUCUCAUGUUCUGUCCCUUUAACUAACAAGUACAUAAUUCUUGUAAAUAGUUCACUUUAUUUUAUCUUAUUUCAUCUUGUUCAUUUAAUUUGAUUUAUCAUAUAAUCAAUGAACAGUUUACCCACUUUAAAUAUCUGUUUCAUUUAACCAUGUGAAUGACCAGUUGAACAUUUAGGUGAUGGCUCCCCAGGGGCACAUUUGCAUGCUCUGUCAAUCACUCUUUGACUCACACAAGGGGACGGUACCUGUUUGAACGCCGUUUCGGCGCGAACAGGUUUGACACGCCCACAUAUUUUCAGACUCGGUACACCUAUAUAAGAGCCGGGCAGGGGAUAGACUGUUGCUUUACCUCUGACGAAGGCGCAUUAGAGGCGCUGAAACGUGUGUUAGGUAGUCUAGUUUGGAGUUGCCACGAGCGUUAGGUUCUAGCAAGUGAUUACUAGUUCAAGGGCGUUGAGGGAACGUGAGGAGGGAAGGGAUUUCUUGUUCAUCUAUGAUAUAUGAGUCACUCUUUAUUUCGCCAGUCUCCUCCAUUUAUGCUACAGUGGCUUUUUUCUUGUAAUACUAUCCAGUUUAAUUAUCCCACAAUAUAGGGGCUACUGCUACAAGUGCAAUUUAGUUUCUACUUGCACUACAUACUUUGUUACUGUCUGCCACUGUGCAUAUUAGGAUUUUACCUUCCUUUACAGGAGUGGUUCAUAGUGACUCAGAGGAUUUUCUCUAUUCAUCUAUUUUUCCUUUUCCUUUUUCUCUCCUCUAUAUAUCCUGCCCUGUCUAGUUAAUAACCUCCUUGUUUGAUACCUAUCUGUAAGUGGUCUUGGAGGUCAACAUAUGAUUGACUUUCAUUGUCCACAUCCACAGUGAUUGUGGUGGCACUCCCCAUUUUCAUUAUACUUUUUUUUUUUUUUUUGUGUGUGUUUGCAUUAUAUUAUUUUACCUAUUAUUAAUAAAGGUUAAGUUUUAUUUAUUUAUUUUUAGCAUUACAUCAAGGAUGGGGUUUCCUCUAUUGGUUGACUUAGUGUAGGGACGAGGAGUCUCCUCUUCUCUCCCUAGGUCUUCCUCUUUUUGUAUUUUUUCUCAAACAUAUGUGAGGGUUAUCCCCUCUCAGGAUCCCCCUGACACACUCAUAGGCUGGUUGUCUUUGGCCACUGGCUUUCUUCUCUCACGUUUACAGUUUGCACAAGAGCACCUGGAUGUUCCACAACAGUACUGGCAAAAUAUUCUGUGGACAGAUUAAACCAAAGUUGAGUUGUUUGGAAGAAACACACAACACUAUGUGUGGCGAAAAAAAGGCACAGUACACCAACAUCAAAACCUCAUCCCAACUGUGAAGUAUGGUGGUGGGGGCAUCAUGGUUUGGGGCUGCUUUGCUGCGUCAGGGCCUGGAUGGAUUGCUAUCAUUGAAGGAAAAAUGAAUUCCCAAGGUUAUCAAGACAUUUUGCAGGAGAACUUAAGGCCAUCUGUCUACCAGUUGAAGCUCAACAGAAGAUGGGUGUUGCAACAGGACAAUGACCCAAAGCAUAGAAGUAAAUCAACAACAGAAUGGCUUAAACAGGAGAAAAUACGCCUUCUGAAGUGGCCCAGUCAGAGUCCUGACCUCAACCCGAUUGAGAUGCUGUGGCAUGACCUCAAGAAAGCGAUUCACACCAGACAUCCCAAGAAUAUUGCUGAACUGAAACAGUUCUGUAAAGAGGAAUGGUCAAGAAUUACUCCUGACCGUUGUGCACGUCUGAUCUGCAACUACAGGAAACGUUUGGUUGAAGUUAUUGCUGCCAAAGGAGGUUCAACCAGUUAUUAAAUCCAAGGGUUCGCAUACUUUUUCCACCUGCACUGUGAAUGUUUACAUGGUGUGUUCAAUAAAAACUUGGCAACAUUUCAUUCUUUGUGUGUCAUUAGUUUAAGCAGACUGUGAUUGUCUAUUGUUGUGACUUAGAUGAUGAUCAGAUCACAUUUUAUGACCAAUUUGUGCAGAAAUCCAAAUCAUUCCAAAGGGUUCACAUACUUUUUCUUGCAACUGUAUAAACACAUUUCAUUAAAUAUGGAAGAUGUAAUUAAAACCAUAUUGCAUCCUGGGUUAAAAUUUACUCAAAACUCCCCACUAGCUGUAUAUAGCUCCACAAAUGCCAGCUCUAUCGGUCAUUGCCUUUGGAUUCAGAACGUGAUAAAGCUUGAUGGGUGCAAAGCCCCCUAAUGAGCUUAGCUCCAAAACAGCCAGAGCUGUCCUGUGUUUGUAGUUAUAUGGAUGAUUAACGAUACAUAGCUGUUAGUCAAUUUUUAAAAGAUACACAUUGAUUGCAUGACUCACUGUACUAUCCAUUAUCAAAUGUUUGCAAUAUAGUGCCUAUAAAUAAGCCCUAGAGGUUUAAACAAAAGUCAGAAUAUGAAAUGGGCAUGUUGUGGUUUGCUAGUCCAAAGUAGUCAACAAGUUUUUAAAACUCAAAAAUUACCUGAUGUUGUUUGAUCCUGAUGAAAGUCCUCUGUGCAGGACUGAAAUGUUGAUCGCCUUUUAGAUAUUUAUUAAUAAAUUUUGGACUUAAAAUCUGUGAGUGCAGCUACCUAUUUGGAAGAAUGGAUAUUACAGCCUUGGCUUGCUAGCACCCGGUUACAAAGGGACACUAAAGCGUGAGUGCAAGAGCAUUUUUGUAUUUUUUUUGUAUAUAUAUAUCUCAAAGUACAGUAACAAUAAAAUUAUAGAUGUAUGAUAUAUGUAUAAUGUAUCAAAAAUGCUUUAAUUAUUUUAUAAUAUAUUCAUUACAUGCUUUUAUUAAAACUUCCAUUUCCACUUUUUUUAGGACUGCAUAGCACGCCCAUCAUCAUUAAUAGGUUAAAAGUAACUUGAAUCUUUUUUUUUUUUCUUCAACCUAGAUUACAAUGUAACUACAAUUAAAAUAUUACAAGGCUCUCAAAAUCCCCUAUUCCAAGUGAAAAACCUGGGGAUUUUGUCAUGCUUAGCUCCAGUUAUGGAGGAAGGGGGGGUGGGCGGAAGGGGCGGGGGGGGAGACAUGAAUAAUGAACUAUUUUGGAAAGCUAAUAUAAUUAGAUGAGGGAUACUUUUUACUGUUUUUAUACUGAUAUAUAUUUAUAGAACGAGUAAAAUUUAUAGUUUUACCCUCUGGAUGCAAAACAUUUAGCCAUACAUAAACAAUAUGAAUUAUAAGAUUAAUAAUGUUUUGUUUAUGUUCUGCAAUGACAAAAUGCAGUUGCAUUAAUGCAUGUAGUAUAGUAGAUGAACAUGUUGAAUGAAACCAUAUGUGCUGUCUUGCAUUGUAGAAUAACUCCCUGCUGGAGAGGCCGGAUCCUGAUUUGACGUUGUGCUUUGAACAAACUGUACUAGUUUGGAUUCCACUUAUCUUCUUCUGGCUCUUUGCUCCCUGUCAACUUCUUAAACUGUGUAAAAAAGGAAAAGUUAAAUCCCCCAUCACUAAACUUUAUAUAGCUAAGCAGGUAAGUCCACGCUGUUAUGCUAAAGUGCAAAAAAUAUAAUUAAUUUGAAGGAAAAAAAUGACUAUUUGGAUUGGAGACUUAUUUAUUUAGCUAUUUAUUUUGAAAUCUCCAAACAGUAGAAGAUUAAUGAAGAAAAUAAAAUGUUCUAUAUUUCUGCAACCAUUUCAUUUGUUUCAGAGCCUCACAUUAUUACUUCUUCUUACAUCCUUGGCUGGAAUAGGACUUACUGUGUCGGACCAUGUUAAUGGGAAUUCUUCCUCUCAGUUUUUACCUACUGUUCUAUAUGUCAAUCCCUCACUCUUUGCUGCCACAUGGGUAAGGAAUUCUCUUUAUUUUUCCUGCAUAUAUGUAGAUAUGUCUGUUAAGGUUUCUGCUCUUUGACUAAUAAUGUCCAAUUUCUUUUAUUUAGAUAAUGGUGCUAAUUAUUCAUCACAGUCGGCGCUACUGUAUCAGAAAGGAUUCUGGAGUCCUCUUUACUUUUUGGACAAUGUCUGUAAUUUCUGGAAUUUUCCCAUUUCAGACUAUAACUCGGAAGUUAUUGCAGGUCAGAAGUAAAAUCUUAUAUUAAUGGGUAUUUUUGUAAUCUAUGUAUGCUAUUAAAAGACUACUAAGGGCACCCAGGCUACCUCUAUCCAAUGACAUGGUCUGCGUGCAGUGGUCCUUUAGUUUCAAACUUGUAAUGUAAAAGACUGUCUUUUAGAAGAUACAAGAAUGCUUACCUUUAACUAUGCCUCUGCCUCUAAUGGCUGCCUUCCAUAAGUAGACAUAUUUAGAAUACAGUAGAUGUCACUAGAAUUCAGGUGCCAUUAGAUGUCAUUAGAAUGCAGCGACUAAUAGACUUCAUUAGAAUGCAGCAACUAAUAGACUUCAUUAGAAUGCAGGGACCAAUAGACUUCAUUAGAAUUCAGCGACUAAUAGACUUCAUUAGAAUGCAGGGACUAAUAGACUUCAUUAGAAUGCAGGGACUGAUAGACUUCAUUAGAAUGCAGCGACUGAUAGACUUCAUUAGAAUGCAGCGACUGAUAGACUUCAUUAGAAUGCAGCAACUAAUAGACUUCAUUAGAAUGCAGCGACUAAUAGCCUUCAUUAGAAUUCAGCGACUAAUAGACUUCAUUAGAAUGCAGGGACUGAUAGACUUCAUUAGAAUUCAGCAACUAAUAGACUUCAUUAGAAUUCAGCGACUAAUAGACUUCAUUAGAAUGCAGGGAUGAGUAGAUGUCAUGUUAUAUAUGGUUAUAACAAUAUCUAUGCCAAUAGAUCCAGUAAACCCCUUACCAAAGCGUGCACACACAUCUUCAUGGGGGAGAGUGAGCACGGAUGGAAUAGUGCAAUGAGGUUGUGGAGGAAAAAAAACAAAGCUACAUUUCUGGGGGUAGAAAUACAGAAGAGUGAUGGGAAACAAAUUUAGGUUGUAUAUAAAGAACCUAUGUCUUUUCAUAUUUCAGUCAUUAACUAGUGCAGGGGUAGGCAACCUUCGGCACUCGUGUUGUGGUGGGCAACUUCUCCCAUAAUGCUCUUACAGCCUUAAUGCUGGCAAAGCAUUUGGGGAGAUGUAGUCCAUGUAAAAAUAUGGAGUGCCAAAAGUUGCCGACCUCUUUUCUAUUCUGUUGAUAAACCUCUAAAUUUUAAUUGUUCUCUUCGCUUUUUCUUCACUUGUUAGGGAGAUGAGCUCGAUAUUGGCCGAGUGUGCCUGUUUUUCAUCUCUUUUGGUCUUCAAAUUCUUAUAUUGGUUAUCUCUGCCAUCUCAGAACAAAAUGAGCUGACCAAGAAGGUACAGAAAUAGCAUGUGUCUGAUAAUGUUCUGUAUCACAUAAAAACAUAUAACUCAUAUCUAUGUAACCAGUACGGACGAUACUGUUAGAAUCAUGGGGAAUUGAACAACUUGUAGAAAUAAUACGUUCAAGCACUUACUACGUUUUUAUUAAAAUUUCCAUGUAAUUCUUAAUUACCAUGCGGUAAAAAACAGUAUUUGCUCAUCCUAUAUUUAAUAAAAGUAAACAAUACAUUUCUAAUAUGUAUAUCACUAUCUCUCGAUCUCUCAAUACACAUCUAAGGUUCGGCACACUCAACUUCAGACUAGCUUUAAAGCCCACUAACUUUUUUUAUUAAAACACCAGAAUUAAAUAAAAGUAAUAGGGAUUUAGUUGUAGUGUAUGAUCAUAAUUUACAUUAGACUGCCACUACAUUAAAAAAAAAUUUUAUUUUUUUUUGGCAAGUCCUAAUAUAUACCAAACUAAUGAUUGCUAAAUACAUAACGACAAGGAAGAAUUCUGUGUUUUUCCGUGUAUAAGACGCCCCUGUGUAUAAGAUGACACCUAUUUUUUUAGCCAAAAAAUUAAGAAAUAAAUAUUUUAAACAACAGAUAUGACAACUUUGAUAUUUUCAAGGUGAACAACACACUUCUUAUUCUCAUGACUCCCCUUGGCUACGGUACUCUGUGAAGUUAAUGGCUCAAUAGUGCAUGCUGAGAGACUACAGAUACCACAAUAUAGCAGGUGGUGUGAGGGCAUGCUGGGAUAUUAGUCGUAUUCCCUCUGCUCCCUGAUCCACAUUUCCAUCCCUAUAAAUUUAAUCAGCAAACAAGACCUAGCUAAGGUGGAGCAAACCUUUAUCUGGCUGCUCUUUUUAUGGUGUUGCAUGUCCCUUGAGCUCCCUUGGUGGUAAGUGCUGACGCCCCACACAUACAGGGACCUCUUUCUCCUUGCCAAAACUUUCAAAAGUGGAUCAGUGGGAGGGAAGCCAGGUAUGUGUGUGGGCCGUGGCACAGUGAAACUCGGCAGGCAUUAUCUUUAGGCCCACAUACAAGUGUUUAUUUUAACCCCAGCAGUGACAUUCCAAGUAUAAGACGACCCCCAAUUUAGAAAUUUAUGAAAAACCAUAGUCUUAAACAAGGAAAAUUACAUUAUAUACUGUGUAGUCACUUCACAGUAUAACUGUAAUGUUAUACUGCAAACAAAAGCAAUGUUGGCAAUUAGUGUAAAACAUUUAAAUGUUUUUUUAUAUGCUAUUUAAUUUAUCAACUUUUUGAUUUCAGAAUCCAGAGCUGACAGCAUCAUUUUUAAGUAGGAUCACAUUCAACUGGUAUAACAGGUAACAAUGCUUUAAAUUAUUUGCAUUAUUAUGGUUUACAUAAAAGCCAUUAGCAUGUACAGCAGUGCUAUAUAAGUGACUUAUCAAAGAAUAAAGGAUUUUAAAACAGGGUUAUAAUAUAUCAUGGCAUACUGGCAUAAGAGGUUACACUAUAGUAUCCUAGUCACUGUUUAGGUAACGAGCCUCUCCUCAAGGUUUAAAAAGUAAUUUUACUUACCUUUUAUCGCAUGCCAUGGUGAUCUUUCUGCGGCACGCCACGGCUCUUUGACUGAGAUCAUCAAGCUUGAUGAUCUCAGCCAAUCCAAUACUUUCCCUGGCAAAACACAGAUCUACACCAAGCAGAUUGGGCUCAAUGAGACCAUCUGAAUAGAAUAGUUGAGUUUUACACGCCUCUAGUGAUUGUCAGAAUGGCAAUGUUUUUCACUUGUGGGGUUAAAACGAAGGGGACUUGACAUCCACUCAACUUCAUUGAGAUGAAGUGGUCUGAGUGUCUAUAGUGUCCUUUUACGUUUUUUCCAGAGAAGUGCUCCAUGUUGUUUGUCAACUGACCGCAGUGCAGUUUUGAGAAAAAAAAUAUCCUUUCAUCUAGUGGAGACAAGUACACCAACCACAGAAACUUCGCUCCAGUAAGUACACCAUUGACAUAGUCGAAACAUUUCAUUUGGAUGUGCAAAUAAAGUAUGGGUGCAAAUCUUAAGCAUUAAGAUGCAUGUCUCAUUCAGGGCAGCUGUGGGUCUACAAAUGACAUUUAGAAACCCAUAUAUUAGCCUCCAACUCUACUGGAAGGUAAUAUUAUGCUUUUACAACCACUUUUAGUUCAUUUUAAUCAUAUAUUGGAUUCCAGCUUAAUUUAGUUGUUUUGGUGUGUAUAAUCAUUAUAUUCAGGCAUUUUCAUGCAAACACUGACUUUUUAGAGAAAAGGCAGUGUUUACAUUGCCCCUAGGGACACCUCAAAGUGGCCACUCCUCAGAUGGCCACUGGUGUUGCUUCCUGGCUCAGUGUUGCACAAUAGGCAGCUCUGCCGUUCAGCGUCCCACGCUCUGCACCCCCUUGCUGAUUUUAGCCAAUCCAAUGCUUUCCCUAUAGGAAAGCAUUGGAUUGGCUAAAAAUAGGCAAUUCUGGUGUCACCAAAACAGCGUUGCCAGUGCUGGCAGAACCGCACAGCGCUGGAAAUAAGGUGAGUUUUUCAUGCUUUUAAGGGGAGUAAGCGGAGGGGGGGGGGGUCAAGCCACCUUAAUGGUGGGUUUUGCACUACAGGGUCAGGAAUACAGGUUUGUGUUCUUUACCCUAUUGUGUUCCUUUAAAUUUGAGAUUGGAAUUAUUUUUCUAACUUUUCAAAUUAAUUCCUUUUAAGUUAUGACAUAGUAAAGCUGAAUGGAUAAAUGCAGCCACUGUUAAGGACAAAUUGCCUUCUUCUCGCCACUGUACUGACAGGGUUUUUUUGUUUGUUUUUUUUAAAACUAUUUAAAGAACACUUUAAGCUGGAGUUGACCUCCUCCCCCAUUUUAUAGAAAAAAAUAUAUAAUUGCACAAUAAAUGGAUACUUUGGAUUGAAAUUCUCGCUUUUGCUGCAAAGCCCCUAUGUUUGCAGCUUCUGCAGUGAUCUUUCUCCAAAUCAGGAAGUGGCUUUGUAAAUCCUGCUCCUACUUACUUAGUUGAAAUGUGUAAGUUUUUAUUUCUUUGGGCUUGGAAUGUUUUUUUCAAUGGAUAUAUUUCAAUGUACAUUUAUGUGAGAAUAUUAUUACUUUUUAUUACUAGAAUUAUUGUAAAAGGAUACAGGCAUCCGCUAGAGUUGCAUGAUCUCUGGGAAUUAAAGAAUGAAGAUAAGACUAAAGCCACUUAUGAUGUAUUUGAGAAGCACAUGAAGAAUGAACUGACAAAAGCAAAGGCAAAUUUACAGAAACGAAAAGAAAUCAGAAAAUACAAGGAUAGUGCCAUUGAAAUGAAUGGACUGGGAAAGGCACAAAGCCAAGACGUCUUGGUCACGGUAGCUAUCUUUAUGCUUUUUUUUUAAAAUAAACAUCCUAAAUACACUUCUUGUUUAUGUUCACACAUACAGGUUUAUUUUUUCAUAUACACUGGGUGAAAAUGACUGAAUUCUGACCGCAGAGACAAUUUAUUAAAGCCAAAUAUGGUCAGAAUUCGGUAACCCUGAUUGAAUUUGCAGCAAUUAACCGGAUGCAUUUGCGGUCCAGAUUAAAAUCAGUGCUUUCGAAUCCAAAUCCUAUACAAAUACAGACCAAAUUUAGGCCCAUUUGGGACCUGUUUUGCAAAAUUCAGACAUUGUUGAAUAGCAUUAAAAAUGUCUGGAUUUUACUGUCCAAAUUGCCCCUUAUGCAACCAGAUGGUUUUGCCCCAUGUACAAAGCUAUUCAGACUUUAGGGAAUAACCCAUAUAUAGUGUAUAUAUAUCUCUGUCUGCACAGAGUUGUGUCAAUAAGCUAACGUUUUCUGAAACAUGAAUCUAUAUUUGUAUUGAUUUUACAAUUAUGAUGGCACUUUAAGAAUAAAGGAGAAUCCCUCAAUGUAUUUCAGCUUAAUUUUUCAGCAGCCUCUCAAGAUUUUUUUUUUUCUUACAAUAAUAUAUUUAAAAAAAAUAUGGACUCUUUAAGUUUAAGUGCAAGAGAUACAAUAUAUAAUGUACAACAUUGGCUUUUAAUCACUAUGCGACAUUAAUUGGUUUAUUGUGUUCUAAAUACGUUUGCGUAUUUGUGUUAUUCUGGAUAGUCUUAAUCACCUGACUAGCAUGCUUGAUCCUUCUUACUUUAUCAAGCUUGGGUUUGUUACUUACUCUAAAAUACACUAGUAUUUUUAUUUUUCUCAUUUUUUUUAUCUGUAACCUUUAAACCUUGAAUUAUGGUCUUUAUAGUGGGGGGGGGUGUUCUAGAGUACGGAAAAGUGUGUGCACUAGGGCAUAUCUGCAAACUACUCAGUGUGCAGCCGAUCAGCACAGAGAACGCAGCUAGCAAGUAGUCUUCUGUCACAGUGAUAGAAGACUCUCCAAGAGAAAUAUUACCGGUACUUGUUGACUGGAUUCUCUCAUGUGAUCAUCUUUAAAUCACAGAGAAUGUCAUGUAAAACAUUGAAACUUCAGAUCAGUUUCUCAAAUUUCAGGUGCUACUAUGAAUUAACAUUUUCUGCUGUACAAAAAUCAAUCACAGCUGAAUUCAUGUUUUCUUUUUUUUUUUUUUUUUUUUCAGGAAGAAACAAAAAAGUCAAAAAAGAAAAAAGAAUCCAAGGAUGGAACUGCUAAAGAUUAUCCCAGAUCUUGGUUAAUUAAAACACUCAUCAAAACUUUUCCACGCAUCUUACUCCACUCUGCUUUUUUCAAACUUGUGCAUGAUCUGCUGGUGUUUGUGAGUCCACAGAUUCUCAAGUGAGUUAUAAAAAGGUGACCUCAAAUGUGCUUUGUUUACUAUGAAGGACUGAUGCAUUCAGAUAAGCAUGCAAUACAUGGAUCUUAAUGGAUGAAGAACAGUUUAAAUGUACAGAGCUGCUGGUACAGCUAUGUCAUUAUAACUGUAAUUAUAAAAUGAAAUUCUUAAAAGUUAUAGCAUGAGCAUUGAAGCAGAAAUGUGAUAUAGGUAAAAUUGGACAUUGUUAAGAUGUAACCAGUUUGACUCAUACAGAGAAAGUCCUGCUCUUUUUAUGUUGCCUAUAUAUAUAUAUUGGAUUGGCUAGACUGGAAAUGACAGUUUGUUUGAUGUAGCAUUUUUGUAUUUAGGUGGCAUAUAGUACUUUUUAAGGCCCUGCCGGAGACGUGUGUGGUUAAUACCUGUGUCUCUAUCCCUGCUCCAUCAAUAUCUCACAAAUUGUCUUUGUUAAAAAGACACUAUAGCCACCAAAACAACAUUAGCUUAACCCCUUAAGGACCAAACUUCUGGAAUAAAAGGGAAUCAUGAUAUGUCAUGUGUCAUUAAGGGGUUAAAGAAUCAGUUUUAGUGUAUAGAUCAUGCUCCUGCAGUCUCACUUCUUAAUUCUCUGCCAUUUAGGAGUUAUAUCACUUUGUUUAUGAAACCCUAGGCACAUCUCCCUACAUAUGACUUACACAGCUUUCCUAAACACUUCCUGUAAAGAGACAUCUAAUGUUUACACUUCCUUUAUAGAGAUGUCGCGAACUGUCUGCCGGCGAACAAUAGCGUGUUCGCGUUGGGCGAACAUAUGCAAUUUCCGGUCCGCCCCCUAUUCGUCAUCAUUGAGUACACUUUGACCCGGAACCUCACAGUCAGCAGACACAUUCCAGCCAAUCAGCAGCAGACCCUCCCUCCCAGGAAGUGUUUGCUGACUGUGAGGUUCCGGGUCAAAGUGUACUCAAUGAUGCCGAAUAGGGGGCGGACCGGAAAUCGCAUAUGUUCGCCCAACGCGAACACGCUAUUGUUCAUCGGCGAGCAGUUCGCGACAUCUCUAUUCCUUUAUUGCAAAUUCUGUUUAAUUUAGAAUGUCUUAUAUCCUGCUCUGUUAAUAGCUCGGUAGACCUUUAAGGAGUCUCCUGUGAGGGAUUAGAGUUAAUUUUACAAAGCAGGAGAUAAAAACUUUUAAAGUAAGUUACAUCUGCUAAAAAAUGAAACCAGUCAAAGCCAGAGGAGGUGUGCAUAAACAGAAACAAUAGUGAUUUAAAGGUUCAGGAAUGCAAAUGUGCAUGUAUUAUUUCCAAUGCCACGCAGGUCCGCCGGCUCUAGCCCCACCCCAGAUCCGCCUCAUUGGCUGACAUCAUCAGGAUUGAUGAUCUCCGCCAAUAAAAUGCUUUCCCACAGGCUGAGAUUGUUAAUUCUGAUGAUCUCAGCUAAGGAGGCUGGGCAGGGUGUGUAGCCAAAUGCCUCGCUGUCCAGUCAGCAUAUCCAUAGAGAUGCAGUGAAUCUGCAUGGAGAAGAUGAACGUCAGUGCUGAGCGUUGUGCAGAACCGACACAGGAAUUACCUCUAGUGGUCAUCUGAGUGACUGCCACUGGUGGUGUCCCUAAGUUACAAUGUAAACACCGCCUUUUAUCUGAAAAGUCAGUGUUUACAUUAAAAAGCCUGCCAGGACAGGCAGUAGACACCAUAACCACUACAUUAAGCUGUAGUUGUUCUGGUGACUAUAGUGUCACCUAAACUACAGAGAAUUGAGCAUUGAGACUUCAGAGACAUGAUCUAUGCACGAAAAUUGCUUCAUUAAGCUAAAGCUGUUUUGGUUACUAUAAUGUCCUUUUAAGGAUGUUUUAGAAAUGUAUAUGUAUUUGUGUGAUAUAUAUCUCACAAAUACCCCAGAACGGGUCAAAACAGUUGUAUUUUUGUAUUGUUGUAUUUUUGAUGUCACUAUAAAACACCAUUUGCACGCUCUGAAGACUUGUAAGUGCUCCCUAAACUUUGCUUUUCUAUAUAUCUAACGCGGUAUUGCACCCAGGCAGAUUUCUUAAUUACGUUUCUUGUUGGUAGUGUGCCAAGUAGAAUUUAUAUUGAAAUUAUAUAUAUAUGUAUAUAGCAGUAUGCAGGGAGAAUACUACAUAUUACUUUAACCCAUUCAUUGUCCCCUCCCUGCUAAAAUGUUGAAGAAAUCCAUGUUUGUUCUUUCCUUUGUAGGUUAAUGGUGUCAUUCACAGCGAAUCCUGCAGAAUAUCAGUGGCGGGGAUUUUUCUAUGCAAUCUUGCUACUUGUCACAGCUUUGAUUCAGUCCAUCUGCCUCCAGCAGUAUUUUCAAGGCUGCUUUGUCCUGGGUAUGAGAGUCCGUACAACCCUGACAGCUGCGGUGUAUAAGAAGGUAUGUUUUGUCAUACAUGGGUUUAUCUUAGCACUAAUGCCGACUGUAUAUAACUCAUGCUUUGUUCCUUCUGCAGGCGCUGACUGUCUCAAAUUCUGUAAGAAAAGAGUCUACUGUGGGUGAAACCGUGAACUUGAUGUCCGCCGAUGCACAGAGGUUCAAUGAUCUAACCAACUUCAUUCACUUGCUGUGGUCAUCCCCUUUGCAGAUUGCAAUUUCUAUACUCUUUCUCUGGCAAGAGCUAGGUCCAUCUGUGCUGGCCGGACUUGCCGUCAUGAUCUUGUUGAUACCCAUCAAUGCAGUCUUAGCCACGAAAUCAAAGACACUUCAGGUUAAUAUCUCCUUCAAUUCAUUGAAACCUCAUUACCUUUAGCUCUUGUUGGGCUUUAACCUUAAGCAAAUUCCUAAAUACCUAAAGUUGUGAUCCUUGUGUGCCGUCCUUUUUACAUUGUUGUUUAGCAUUUGCCUGAGACUACAACUGUAUAUUUUGAGGUUUUAUCUUGUUUUUCGUUUCAACUGUUGGCAGUCCUUUCUCACUUUAUUGGCCUGGACGCAAAAGAUUUGCCAACAUGUUUGGCCAGCAUUCAGUCACAUCAACUCCCUUUUGCCACACUCUGACCACUGUUUUUUUCCUGUCCAUAUUUAUUUCCUGCCCACAUUAUAUCGUCUGAUUUUUGAUCUGCUGGUGUUUGUGAGUCCCUAUAGCAUGGGUGUCAGAGAAAUGGAAGGCAUGUUUCCCUAGAUCAAUUUCAGUAUAUUAUAAGGUUUUGUGUUUUACAGAUGAAAAACAUGAAGAACAAAGACAAGAGGUUGAAGAUAAUGAAUGAAAUUUUAAAUGGCAUUAAGGUGAGAUGUCAUUUAUUAAGUACAUUGCAUUUUAAACAUUUCAGAGGACUGAUCCAACCUUUCUCUUUACAAAACCCAUAAACUUGUGUUGACCAAUACACAUCAGUGAUAUAGAUCAUAAGGAAUGAAUGAAAAGAGGAUUGAGGAUUUAAGAUUUAUUGUUAGAAAAAUAAUAACAGGCUACCUUUCAGUAGAUACGGCCUAUUAAAAAAUGUUUAGUUUUUUUUAAUACAUCAUUUGCAACUAAAAAGUUACCCAUAGAUGGCAGCACUUAUACAUUUGUUAAAUGUAUAUAUUUUUAAUGUAUUCAGAUAUCUAUUGUAUGCCCAUGUCCUGUUUUGGCAUUGUGCACAUGUUCAUCAUUGCUACAGAAGCAAUUUGUCUUUAUUAUUGACCUGAAAUAUACUCUUCAACAGAUACUUAAGCUGUUUGCGUGGGAACCAUCAUUUGAGAAUCAGGUUCAGGAGAUUCGAGAAAAGGAAUUAAAAGACUUACUGCACUUCACUUACCUUCACUCUGUGUCUCUGUUUAUUUUUACCUGUGCGCCAUUUCUGGUAAGAGUCUAACUAAUCUCAUAAACUUAUUUGAAAAGUGCCUUUUCCACCUCUAGUCUUCGUUACUAUUCUGUACGUCAAUUCCCCAUUCUAUAAUUGGAAAACGCUGUGGAAUAUGUUAGCGCCACAUAAAUACUAAUGAUAUGUAGUAAUGACAAGAAGAUUGAGCAUUGGUACACCCCUCUUGUUUUGUUUUUUUAGAAUUACUGAACUUCUUCAUUCCACCUUAAGUGGUUACCUGGUUAGUUCCCUUUAAACUUUAUCUUUACAUCAUUUGGGUUCUACUAAGGUGGUUGUGGCAAACCUAGCCACUUGGACAUUAUUUCUGUACUGUCUCUUUAAGGGUUGCCGGUAUGGGGUUCCUAUUGUGUGUUCCAGCAUGUACUGUAAUGCAAUGUUAAUAAUGUAUUGCCUGCCUGGGCUAUCUGCCGAACGCAGAUAGCUGAUUCCCCUUCGUUUCAUGAACGGCACCUUUGCAGGCCGUUCGGGAACCGAACAAAAUACCAUUUAAUAGCCCACACACUUAGAGGCGUGUGGCGCCUAUUAAACAAUGUUGCAAUCGGUAAUUAGAGGCUCUCCUGGGUGGCCGUCGUUCGACUACUGACCAUGCGGCGGUCGGCCAUCUUGGAUCCUUUGUUCCCUCAGCGGUGUUUGGUCGUCAAGCGCGUGGUACUAAAAAUGGCUACUCGACGACACGAACACUGCUGAGCCUCCAGACCGUUCGGGAGGUCCGGGACAUUCGGAAUUUUGUUCCCUUAUAUGUAAUCGGUAGUUUAAGGCUAUGUGUUAGUGAAUGUGUUUUUCGUGCGGCGUUCGGUUGUUUUAGCUGGGAUCUGAGCGGUAAUCUCACGAAUGAUGCGCUCAGACCCCAGCUAUCUAUCGAACGUCCAUUCGUUUAAAUGAACCAGAUCUUCAUGAAGUUAUUGAAUUUAAUGUGAAUUGUGAGUUCUGCUGCACGGAGGGAUAAUCCACUUAACGGUAUAUUCCAGUGGGAGGAUCCCUCUCCUGCAGCAGUGCCUGAUGGGAGAAAUGUCCUGUAGUGUAAGUCCCCCAUGUAGUCCCCUCUGGGAAUGCCCCUGGGAGGGGACUCAGGAAACCCCUUGCAUGGGGACUUGUAUAAAUUGUGGAGCUGAAUUAAAAGACCUCAGUUGACUCCCAGCCUAUGUGUCGUCUAGUUCUUGGGAAGGAAGGGUUACUGCAGAGCUGUUGGAUUAUUGUAUGCUGAUUCCCCUGGAUUAUCCUUUGUUGUUCCUGUUACCCAGCGGAGAUAUCGUGGAUUAUACUGCCUCUCCGCUACAGUGGUAUUCCAGCCAAAAGCCUGAAUGGUCCCAUUCAGACUGCAGCAUCCAAACAUUGUUUAUACAUAAUGUCUGUAUAUUGCAUUUUAGGCACUAAACAGGCCUGAAUUGGGUUUAGAUUCCAGCUAGACCAAACACUACUGGACGUGUGAAAUCUGGACAAACUAUUUGUCCGCUGACACAUUAAAUAGGUAACUAAAUAAAUAAGUAAACCCUACAGGUGGGGAGAUUUUAAACCUCCUUUAUAAUAGCAAUAGUCAGCAGCCCCAUAAUUAAUGCUCACAGCGCUGAGGGUUUUUAACUAUUUACUUACUGACGGUUAGCGCUGCCAGUGGGCAUAUAGUACUUGAAAUUAUCCAUUCGCUUGCAAAAAACAAGUGAAUGAUCAUUUGCAAAUGAGUAACCAGUCAGAUGGAUUUGGUCCAAACAUUUAGUAAAACGGUGCUUUGUGUAUCUUCUGGAUCCGAUACUUUGUAUAGUACUCAGGCGUAAAAGCCCUGUGAAGCUCAGGCUUUGACCUCAAACAAACCUGUAAUGUAAUGGGAGGUGGAUUUAACCCAUUAAUUUAUUAAACUGGGAACUCUGUGACGUUAAAAAAGGAAUUAAAAAUACUAUGCUUUAAUAGCCAAGUGGGAAAACUGAAGUUUUCCUAUUAUUUUGUCCUAAAACUUACACUUCCCAUUUUAAUUCUCCACAAUUUAAUAUUCUGCUGAAUAAACAUUGCCAUUAUUUUCCGAUGAUUAUUCCUCCUAACUCCCCAGAUCUCCUAUACCACACCUGUACUUUACUACACAGCCUCCUAUCACACUGGCAGAAUAACUGUAUCAUGGGAUUAGCCAAGCUAUCCCAUAUACAUGUGCCAACUCUUGCCGACAUCCUGGAAGCCAAUGAAAAAGAGGGCUACAAUAAUGUUAUUGAGUUUCUAAUCAACCAAAUAUUUAUAAAGCAUAGUCUGUUUAAACAAAAAACUGCAAUAAAUACUUAUCAUCUCUCAUGAAAUUUAAAGUUAACUUAAACAUGUAAAAUCAAUUAUCUCAUUAUAAAACAAACAAAAACAUAUAUAUAUACAAAUUGAAUAGAUAUACAAAUCAUUGGAAACUAUAUAAGGGCUUAGUCAACCUAGUGUUUUGAUGUUCUGUUCUUUCGUGUUUUCAAGAAAUGACAUGUUUCUUAGAUUCUUUUAAGAUUUCUUAUUUGUUUUUUUUUUCUUUUGCAUCUAUAGGUGUCAGUUGCCAGUUUUGCAGUCUUUGUCGGGAUAGAUGCAGAUAAUCUCUUAACCGCAGAGAAAGCAUUUACAUCGAUAUCUCUGUUUAAUAUCCUGCGGUUCCCUCUGGCUAUGCUUCCCAUGCUUAUUUCCAACAUGGUGCAAGUAAGUAAGAAAUCACUUAGCAUAACAUACAUUAACAUCACUUAAGCAUGUUCUAUUUAUUAUUAUUAUGAUUUCAUUCAUUAUCCUUUAAAUUUGAAUUAAUUAUUCAAGGCAUUUAUGAUAAAAUAAAUAAAUAAAUAAAUAAAUACAAAAAUAUAAAUAUAUAUAUAAUUUCACUUGUGGAAAGGGAUUGGCUAGCACCUAAAAGAUAAAACAAACAUCUUGAAUGCAAGUACGGUAUGUUCCCACUUCUCAUCAAAAAAGAAGGUAAAGAAAAGGAAUAAUUCUUGAAAUAUUUAAAAACACAUAUAUUUUUAUGAAGAAAAAAUAAUAAAUAUAAUGGUGAAGGGUUAUAUGAGCAAAAAAUAUUAGUGUAUCUUGCACGAGUAAUUUAAAACGUAAGCAGUAGGUAUUCCAGUACCAACUUAACAUUGGCUAUUGAAUAUACAAAGAAGCAUGUUCUUUGUCUUAAAUAUUUUUUAAGAGGUUGUGGACACAGGACAUAAACUUGUCGCUGUCUAAAAUUGAUCAGUUUAAUUUUAACUGCCAUCCAUAAAUUGAGUGCUGUCUUGUCUAAUUUCCCUCAUAGAUAUUUGAGUCAUUGUUUUCAGAGGUUCAAUUAGCUAGACUAGAGAUUGUUUUAACAAUAAUCAUCAGGAAGUAGAGAUUGUCCUCUUUAUUUAUUUAUUUUUGUUAUAGUAUGGCAACAUUUUUAAAAUGGUUUCAUUAUACAUUUUCAAUUACCAGCUAGUUAGGCAUCUUUCCACUUUGCUACAUUUCACCUGUUCUUCCAAUAGUAACUCCAACAUGCUCCUGGUUGCUUGUUAAAAGCCGGUUGCUCAUUAUUAUUAUUAUAGGUUAUUAUGAUGAUACUUUUUUUUGCGUUUAGCUAUAGUUGUAGGAAGUAUAAUGCUUCUGAUAUUACAUUGCUUAAGCUACGUAUCUGUGAUUGUUCAGACGAGCGUAUCUUCUGGACGUCUGGAGAAAUAUUUGGGAGGAGAUGACCUGGACUCAUCAGCUAUUCGUAACGACCCCACUGUUGGUGAGCAGACUUAUUCAUUUUAUCUGUGAUCGUGUAUGUCUAUGUGAUUGUUGUAAUCACUGAGAAUUCAUUGGUUUCUAUUAUGUCUGUUUGUAGAUAACAUUUGCAUACAUACGACAAAGGAAUGACAAUAAAAUUAUUACAAAAUAACGCAUCACCUAAAGAAUGGAAGAGUGGGAGUUAAUAGCUAGAAAUAUUUAGUUCUAAAAAAGGUACCAGGUGCAGUAUCCUCUAGUGGAAACAGUAGUGGUUAACACAGUUAGGAAAUCACAAAUUUCUAGGGACAGAUUAAAGGUAUUCUAAAAAAAUCAGUCCAAGAUUUCAUUACAAGUUGCAUACAUGGAUCAAUAGCAUCAAUCCCACCAGGCAGCACAAUCUUCUUGUUUACUGAAUUUAAUGAGAUAUAGACAUAUUUAUUUAUUUUAAAUAGUCGUGUGACUUGUAAAGUGAAAUAAUAACAUUUUCUCUUCAGAUGCUGCUGUUACAUUUUCUGAUGCCACUUUCACUUGGGAAGAAGAUGAGCCCCCGGCAGUCAAAAAGUAAGCAGGGUUAACGGUAACCUUUUAGAAGGUGCAAGGGCGCACAGCUCUCCCACAUUAACUGUGUCUCAUUGUAUAUUGAAAUCAUAAUUUAUUGGUUGCCUCUAUUUGUGUAGUAUUAACCUGGAAGUUAAAGAAGGCCAUCUGGUAGCUGUGGUUGGUGGUGUCGGGUCUGGCAAGUCCUCCCUUGUCUCUGCAGCGCUUGGAGAAAUGGAUCACAUCAGCGGAUACAUCAAUAUUAAGGUAGACAAUGGUAACAUUUUCACAAUUCAUGCUUUGCCGUGCUGUCUUGCUUUAAUAGCUAAUACAAGAAACCAGCGAGUGAGAAUAAUAAAAUGGGAUCUCAUCUCUUUUGCUUUCAUUUAUAUUUCUUGGCAUGUGAGCAUUUUCAGGCAUUGGAAAAUAGUUACAAGUCCUGAAUACGGUAAAUACAAACACUCUCUAUCAUUGGUUGAGUACCUCUGUGUUUUUGAUUUCUGGAUGUCUUAGGAUCUAUAGAUAGCACCUGUAUUUGUGUAGUUUUAUUAAGGCAUCUGUCACUUAUUAAACUGCACACUUUCAUUUUCUUUCUAACGACCAUUUCUCCUUAAUGGAUUUAAUGGUUUAUUUUCCUUAUUGUCAGUUUUUUCACAUGUAAAGCCAUGAAUUACAAUGUCAAGGAUUUUCAUCUCUUAAAGAUGAGCAAUUGUAAUAAUUAUUAUUUUUUUCUUUAGGGUUCAAUUGCCUAUGUACCUCAGCAAGCCUGGAUCCAGAAUGAUACUCUGAAGAACAAUAUCCUUUUUGGUGCCAAGUACGACGACAAACGAUACAAAAGUGUUCUGGAGGCAUGUGCUCUCCUCCCUGAUCUGGAGAUGCUUCCUGGAGGGGAUCUCUCUGAAAUUGGUGAAAAGGUAAUAUUCUGGGAGUGAUAGUACAACAGUAAUGCAAGAGCUAAUACUUCUAUUUCCAAAACCAUAUUCAGAUAAGUUUCCAAAACCAUAUCUGUUUUAUUUAUUUAAUACUUUUGUCUGGUAAAUUAGAUGUAUGGGUUCAUGCACUGGUUUUCCUAAAUAAUUAUUAAUAUUUUUUUUAAUUCUUUAUUUUUUGAUGUGUAUGAAAAUAACAGGCAGACUUGCUAUGCCUCAUCAGCUCUAGCAAGGUGUUGUAACUACAUAGUAUAAGAACAGAAAGGCGUACACGAAUAGCUACACAUUUUUUUAAGUAAGUAAGACUAGAAAACAAGGUCAUGCAUGGCUGGUCACGAAUCUGAUGGUGAAUUUAACCCCUGAAUACCAAGAUGUGCAAACAUGGUGUGAUGCAACAAAGUGAGGGCGCUAGGCAGACUAAUCAAUACUCAUUUGUCAUAACAAAUCGGCUUUCAUACGACUAGCCUACUCCUCGUUCAUGUUAGCAUGGGAAUUAUGGACUCCGAGCAUAAUUGACUAGAGAGCUUUAUAUAGCAUUAAAAUCCCCUGGACGGUAGGGCGCACAAUCAAUAAUACAGCAAUGCUUGGUAAUGAGAGCUGUGUAAAAUAGUAUGAGAACAAACAGAAACUAAAUAAACUAUUAAUCGGCAAAGAAUUAAGGGUCUCUUGUUGGACAUGGCAUAUUACUUGUUGUAUACCAUGAUCAAUGAGGAACUCUGGUUGCAGGUUUGGUUACCCGGUCAGCCGAUCCCCAACAGCGGUAGAUGUGGUUUAUGUGUAGGGAAGUCCCGGUGAGUAUCUACCAAAAUGUAGCAAUCUAGGAUUCUCCUCCAGGCCCAGGCCUGUGUGAGGACCAGCAUCACUAGUCCACUCCAAGACCAAGUUCUUCCCCUGUCUGGGGUGAGCAGAGGUCGUGUUGGUAUGCUCCACUUACAGCGGAUGAUCUUCCACUUGUGUGGCAGAUGCAGGGAGGCAGUGCCUCAAAAUCGGUGAGAUUUGCUGGAGCCCCGGGAACACAUGUCUGCUCUGCUAUCAGGCCAAGCUCUCCGCUCCUCCCCUUCCCUCCCCCCCCCCCAAGGGUGCAAAAAUAAUAAAGUUCUGCCUACCACAGUGUCCGAUAUUAGGCUCUCAUUUGCACGGCCUUCACCACUGGCCCAGAGGCUCACAGCGUGGAGGAGGCCUCGGAAGACUCCCAGGAGGAAAGAGAGAACCUUACCUCGCCUCCGACGAGGCCCUGUCCCAAGAUUCAGACACUGAAAAGGACUCUGCCCCAGCGUCGAUUAGAGAUAUCAAAAACCUCCUGAUAGAAAUGAGAAAAGUUUGA